AUGACCGCCCUCGCUCCAAGGAACAGCUCUCCGCACUCAGGAAGACCCCAUGUUUGGGCGACGACUCGCAAGGAGCUGUGCCAGAUUAUUCCCGAAUUUGGACUGGCGCAGAACGACAUCGUAUUCGGGAACAGUGAGACACCGCUUCUGUUCGUCGACGGACCAUCAUGGGAAGAUGACCGAUGGGAUGGAGGCAGAACGAUCGAACUGUCGAUGGUUAGAGAGUUCACCCGCGUCAUACCAGGCUUCGCAGUCAGCCAUGGUGACAACCACACUGCCCAGAACGCGCAGCAGGAAGCUCCUCCACAACCCCCCGUAGUAGAACCAUCAGGCAACCUAGAAUCACAGGUGAUCGAGAUUAGUGAAGGCACAUACGUCUUCGCGUCCGAGGAGUCUCGACAAGGCACCGAUGCUACAGCCCGCUGCGCCCCCGCGCAUAGCUCCAUCGCAGAACUCCCGUCCGUUUCCACGGCCAACACUGCUUCUACGCUGUACUUGACAACGCUGGCCGAAGAACCUCAUCCUCCAGUGAUUGAACAAGACGACGGCUUGUACACUUUCGUACAAGAGGCUUUCAUAGAGGGGGAACCAAUCGGAUGUCCACCUAUCCAUGACCCAAUACCCCAGCUCCCGCCGUUUUCCCCCGAACUUGGCACUUCUCAACUCAACGCCUCCCACAGCGUGAUUACCUCCCAUGACUUUCCUCAGGCCUCUCCCUCGAUAAACUUGACCGGUUUGGUCCCUAUCGAUGCGCCGCCGGAGAUCGAAGCACUUUUACUCUCGAGGACCGCCGGCAUCCCGAUCAGGAUCGUUCUGUGUCGGAAUGCCGCAGUCUCCCCGUUGACGCCACCGGACGGCUGUGGCUGCGCCUUCCUCGGGUUCUUCUUUGUUGUAGACGUACAGACGUCUGCCGAAGUUCACUCUUGGGAGGCUCUCCCGGGAGAGCGCCCCACGACGCUUGUCCGCGGCAGGAAGACGUGGCAUUUCCGCUUCGAGUGGACGCCCGGGGGCGAAGAUCCCGAUUCAAUAGUCGCGCCACAAGCUCAACCCUGGUGGCAGGUUGCGACGACGGAUCAUGAACGUACGAACGGGGAUGGCGCGAUGCCGUUACAACACUCGUACACGCUCCUUCCGCUGCACUUUCUCGCGCCGCCCGCACAAAUCGUGUGCACCGAUGCCGACAACCUCUGUUUCCAACGCUGCGGCACUUGUUCGACGGCCAACGGCCUUCCGCCAAUAUCAGUCGAAUACGUCCGCCAAGUGCGCGGAACGGACCCGACCGCAUUUCCCUGGGACAGGUAUCUCGAAUCCGUUUCGUGUGUCUCGAGCGACUGCCCCGACGGUCUCCGCUGCUUCACCUACGGCUUUUCCAGUACGGCGUUCGUGCACCACAUGUUCACCUGCAACCGGCCUGAAGCGCAGGCAGAAGCGACCUUGUUGUUUCACGACCUACAGGCGGAGGUGGAGCUCAUAUCAGAGCCGAACACAAGGGGCAGAGGCGGAAGUCCGUACUACUCCUGCGCAGUCUCCCGCCCUUCCGCGAGGUCGACGACACCGGACGCGUUCUGGUCUUCUGUCCCUACGAGUGUCUCCCGUGCGCGCGAUCUCAUGUUGAAGCGCGUCCAUGCAUCGCCCUAUCCUGCGGCCCUCAACAUCAACGUCUUGACCAUAUCCGCGUGGCGCACGGCUGGCAACAAGAAAGGUUGUGUGUUCGCAGCGCAAACUUCCCCGAUUGUCUUCCUCUGUCUCGGGGCAGACGUCGAAAUGUCGUUUUGGAGAAACAGAGGCGCAGCAGCCUUUGUCGCUCAAACAAUCGCAGCUACGGCCAACGCGCCGCUGCCCCGGAGCGCCUCUCCUGACGAAGAGUUCGGCCUGGGCGACAUUGAAGAGCCGUACGAGCCGCUUGUCGAUAAGGGCGACGAGUGCAUCGACAGCGCGGACUCCACCCCGGCCGCCGAAAGUAACGUUGCUUCACUCAGACGGCCUAAGCCCGCGGUGAAGGGCAAGGGCCGCCCGAGCGGGAAGCGCAACGUGGAGGAGGCGCUGAUGGUCACUCUCGUUCAUGGGGACGUGCUCGUCGUGCACGGCGCCGUGUUUGAGUACUCGAUCAAGCGGAUGGGGAUGAGUAUAGUGCUCUAUGGGCAGUAG